CUCACUUAUACUCACAUACACAGGCGCCCAGUCGUGAACUUGAAGCAGUGGUACCAAGUGAAAAGGACAAAGAUCGAGACGAUAAUACAACCAAAAUGACUCCCACUACUGCUAUACGGACGUUGGCACUCCUUUUCUUGCUCGUUGGAAUCGUCGGCAGUUUUUCAGAAUGGUGCGGUGCCGAUAACGAUCGUCGCCUGGAGCAGCUCAUCGAAACAGCGCUGGUCGAUAUCCCGCGAGAGCAUACAUCUGAAAUACAGGCAGAGACCUCGCAGCAAUCUCCCCUGGGAUUCGAAGAAUACAAAGUGACCGGUUUGAAUCAGCUCCGUCGUCGGGGACCUCUUCACAACUACUGCGGGAAUGGAAGUCAGGUAGUCAACUUUGACCUGGCUUCCGAAGAGCCCAUUUUGUGCUCGUUCCACUGGACGGCGAGUGGCAACGGCUCCCUCCACCUCGCAGCUUAUGGCGUGCGGGUGAAGACGCACCUGAAGUUUGUCCAGGGAAUUGCCCCUGAGGGCAGCGUCACUGCCAGGAGAAUUAUCGAUGAGCAAGAAGAACCGGUGACUACUUCGCUGCGUGCUGCCCGAAUCACUCUGCACAUUGAUGACCCAAGCGGAGAUAGGACGAAAACGUUGGCGGGUUUUCUGCGACAUCUUGCACUCGCUUCUAUCAAAGAUUCCUGGGAAGACGUCUUUGUGCCGAGGCUUGUGCAUGCCCUCAAGGAAGCUUAAGACAGCGCGGACGCCUUUAGCAGAAUAAAGCUUUUGAGGUAGAAA